AACAGGUUCGAGUGUUCUAGAAGCCGGUGACGCGGGCCGCUGAUUCUUUCUCUCUCUUCGCUGCGACUGCUUUCCAGGCCGGCUGAGCUCCUGUCGACAUGUCCGCUAUAAAAGCCCUCAACCCGAAAGCAGAGGUGGCCCGGGCCCAGGCAGCCCUCGCUGUUAAUAUCAGCGCAGCCCGGGGGCUCCAGGACGUGCUGAAAAGCAACCUCGGACCCAAAGGAACCAUGAAAAUGCUUGUCUCUGGUGCUGGAGACAUAAAGCUCACCAAAGAUGGUAAUGUGCUGCUGCACGAAAUGCAAAUUCAACACCCCACAGCCUCGUUGAUAGCCAAGGUUGCCACAGCGCAGGAUGACAUCACAGGGGAUGGCACCACUUCCAAUGUGCUCAUUAUUGGAGAGUUGCUGAAACAAGCCGAUCUCUAUGUAUCUGAGGGACUUCAUCCACGAAUAAUCGCUGAGGGGUUUGAAGCUGCAAAAGAGAAAGCACUUCAGGUCCUGGAACAAGUGAAGGUGACUAAAGAGAUGGACAGAGAGACCCUGAUCAAUGUUGCCAGGACUUCUCUUCGCACCAAAGUUCAUGUUGAGCUUGCAGAUCUCUUGACAGAGGCUGUCGUAGAUGCUGUUCUUUCUAUCCGACAACCGAAUGAGCCCAUUGAUCUCUUUAUGGUUGAGAUUAUGGAGAUGAAACACAAAACAGAUAGUGACACAGUCCUGAUCAGAGGGUUGGUUUUGGACCAUGGUGCGCGACAUCCUGACAUGAAAAAGAGAGUCGAGGAUGCUUAUAUUCUUACUUGCAAUGUUUCCUUGGAAUAUGAAAAGACGGAAGUAACCUCAGGUUUUUUCUACAAGAGUGCUGAUGAGAGGGAGAAGUUGGUUAAAGCAGAAAGAAAGUUCAUUGAAGAGCGAGUCAAAAAAAUUAUUGAAUUGAAGAAGGCGGUCUGUGGAGACUCAAAAGGAUUUGUCGUGAUUAAUCAGAAGGGCAUUGAUCCCUUCUCACUGGAUUCCCUUGCAAAAGAAGGAAUUGUGGCUCUUCGCAGAGCAAAGAGAAGAAAUAUGGAAAGACUUACACUUGCUUGUGGGGGUAUUGCUAUGAAUUCUGUGGAUGACCUCACACCAGAGUGCCUGGGACAUGCUGGUCUUGUGUUUGAACACACACUUGGAGAGGAGAAGUUUACAUUCAUUGAACAGUGCAGCAACCCACGCUCUGUGACCCUUUUGGUCAAGGGUCCAAACAAGCACACUUUGACGCAGAUCAAAGAUGCUGUGAGAGAUGGUCUUCGGGCAGUCAAAAAUGCAAUUGAAGAUGGCAGUGUAGUGUCUGGGGGAGGUGCUUUUGAAGUUGCAGUAGCUGAUGCAUUAAUUAAGCACAAACCUAAUGUCAAAGGAAGGGCCCAACUUGGAGUACAGGCAUUUGCAGAUGCUCUGCUUAUUAUUCCAAAGGUCCUUGCCCAGAACUCUGGUUAUGAUCCUCAAGAAACGUUGGUGAAACUUCAGACAGAAUAUAAAGAGUCUGGACAACUUGUUGGUGUGAAUUUGAGCACUGGUGAGCCAAUGGUUGCAGCAGAAGUCGGUGUUUGGGACAACUACAAUGUUAAGAAACAGCUUCUACAUUCAUGCACGGUUAUUGCUAGCAACAUUCUUCUGGUGGAUGAGAUCAUGAGAGCUGGAAUGUCUUCCCUUAAAGGCUAAAAUCUAAGAAAAGCAAAGGACAGUCUUCGGUGGUCAGAAAUGCCACUUCUAGCAAGCACUAUUUGCCAUCUUCAACGCAAAGCUAAUUUUUGCAGAGAUUUAGUGACAUGCAAGGCAUACAUCAUUAAAUGUUUUAAGAAGCCAUUUGCCCCAAUUAAUACAUUGAUUAUUUGCUCCAGAAUUAAACAAGUUAUUUAUUUGAAUUUGUUAAUGGCACUGAACUGUACAGGACAGCUUCCCACUGUUUGUACCCAUUAAAAGUUUUUGUUUGGCUCUGAAAA